AGAUAUGACAAACAGCAUGCGCAUAACGGUCACCGAGAAUCGAGAUAUGCACAAUACUGAAUGCUGGGUAAUGUCGUGCAUUCCAAGUUGUAACGAAGACUGUGUCAAUAGAAGUAUUGUCGUGCAUGGUGGACAUUAAGUACUAAGUGAGAAAAUAUUCCGAUUUAGCAGUUCCGUUAUUUCGUUUAAGCUUUAUUAUGUCGGCUUAAAGUACAUUUGUGAAGUACCAAUAUGUUUGAAUGCAAGAGUAAGGACUUGUAGGAUGAGAGCCCGCAGCGGAACCGGAAAUGAUACACUGCUAGAUGGCUUGAAAGGCUGUACUCAUCAGGAAGUCGCUGUUCUGACCAUAGCCGUGCUGAUACUGGUUCUGGGAGUGUUUGGAAAUAUUGUGACAUUCUUCAAAAUAGUACUCAAAAGAAAGUUACGGAAACCAGUUCAAAUUUCAAUCGCGUGUUUGUCUGUUGCGGAUUUCUGCAGUUUGUGCAUGCAGUUUAUUAGGAUACCUAUUGCACCGUGCAGCAACACGCCCCGUGUAGUAAGUGUGCAACAAUUUGUACUCAAUAUUACAGCAGUGGCGAUAAAUUCUUCAACCAUGCAUAUCAUUCUAUUGACCGCCAUUCGUUACGGUCUGAUCGUUCAUCCGUUUCAGAUGAUAUCUCGGCUGACUUCCUCCAAAGUGAUAGCCUGUUCCUGUGUUUCUUGGGUCAUCAGCAUCGUUUUGGGAAUUUUGUACGGAAUAUACAACCGGAAGUACUACAAUCACGAAAUAGAACAGGGUACAGACACCAUUGUACAACUGUCAAUCGGACUGUACGUUCUGUUGGUACCAUUGACUUUUUUCUUGAUUUUCUGGAUCAUGGAAUUACGCGCCAUGAAGAAAUCUCUCCUUCCUCAACGGACGUUAAAAUCUAUUAAAGGUGUUUCUCGGAUGAUAACGAUGAUUCUAAUUCUUUAUGCUGUAUUCAUGUCUCCGUACGUGAUAGCAGACAUCUGUCGCUAUCUGCAUCACCACCACGACAUUGCCCUUCCACAACACGUCAUUUUACGUCUGUAUACCGCGGCACAGAUCACAAUACUGAUGAACUACGCAGUGAACCCUUUUAUUUACUUUUUGUACUUUAGAAUUGUUUUUCAGGUGAAGGCUUGGUCGUGCAGGGCCCAAAGCAGAUUAUCCAUUUUAAGGACACGUGAAUAUCAUGAGAAACAAAACACCACUGUACGAGUUAAUCAAGAAUGAUCAAUAGUGAUAUGGUAGCAGGGGACAGUUUCGCACUAUAGGCCCGGUCAACUUUUUCAAAAAAUGGAAUUACCCCGUAUUUGAAGUGAUAUUACAUGUGUAAAAAUGUAUACAAUAAUUUUAGGAUGCAUGUCAAAUGUAGCUGAGUGCUUAGUAAAAAUGUUGAUAUACAACAUGUAGGUGUCACCAUGAUUCCUAGCAUAUAGAUGGGUGCAAAUACGAAACUAAGACACGUGGUCACUUGCUGAAGAAAUUCCGGUGAAAACAUGCAGGGUCUAGCAAAAGGUCUGUAGCUGUGAGGGAAGGUGGAUGGCCCCAUAUGAGAGGUAGAUUUUUGAGAAGGGCAGAUAGGGUUCUUGAUUGUGCACAGUGUCUAAAUCCCCAUGUUUGGUACUGUGAUGGUGUGGGGGUGGUGCGGAUUAGCCCAAAUGAGGGAAAAGCAAAGCAAAAAAGGGGAACCUGCUCAGAGCAUGUUUUGUGCACCAGCACCAGUAUUUAUAGAUUGCAUGUAAUUUAGGGUCGUAAUUUAUUAACUACACUAAUAUGAAAUACAAGUAUUGACAUAAAAGGGAAAUAUGAAUUUUCAUUAGUCUGUCAUAAUCUGACUUUGGUGUAUACCCCCUAUCCACAAGUUUCAAAACCAAAGAAACUGUCCCCUGCCACCUAUCCAUCCUUAUUUAUUGCAGGUAAAUUGUACCCACAUGUACAAUGUAAGUACAUUAAAUGGCGGACGAUAUAAGAAUGACCAGUUUUUAUCCAUAGUUUCGAAUUCCUCAAUUGUUUUUGUUUACCCUCAGUUUAACUAGUAAGUGAGUUAAUGGUAGUUUAUUCUGUGGGAGACAAUAUUGACCAGAUUGUAUUAUGUGUAGUAGUAUUUUAAUAGACCACGUGAAUCUGUUUUAUUGUAAGAGGUCAGUAGAUUGUUGUAUGGUGGAAACUUUGGGGAUAAAACAGUUUUUAUAAAGUUUGCUUUUUUGUGCCAGUUCUUUAUGAAUAGCGCGGUCUGUUUUUGUUGUACAAGAUUCAUAAAAUAUCUGUAAGUC